CCCAAAAAAAACCUCCAAAAAACGUCUCGUCGAGUCGACUUCGACGUUCCGCGCUCUCCUUCUUCUCCUUGCAUCUCUCUCCACUCAAUUUGGCAGCCGCCAGCCCUUUCCAUCAUCAUGUUCAACAUUGGCCGCAGCCGCGCGGCGGCGUCGGCCCUCAGCGCCGCAAAGCUGCACGUCACCCCCUCCGUUAGACUGCCUGGCAUCGCCCAGCAGCGAAGAGCUCUCAGCAUCCACGAGUACCUGUCCGCCGACCUGCUGAGAAAGUAUGGCGUUGGUGUCCCCAAGGGCGCCGUUGCCAAGACUGCCGCAGAGGCCAAGGCUGUGGCCAAGGAUAUUGGCUCUGGCGACCUCGUCAUCAAGGCUCAGGUCCUUGCUGGUGGACGAGGCAAGGGCACCUUCGACAACGGCCUGAAGGGCGGUGUCCGCGUCAUCUACUCUCCCCACGAAGCCGAGAUGUUUGCUCAGCAGAUGAUUGGCCACAAGCUCAUCACCAAGCAGACCGGCGCCGACGGCCGUCUGUGCAAUGCUGUCUACAUUUGCGAGCGCAAGUUUGCUCGUCGCGAGUUCUACCUGGCUAUCCUGAUGGACCGAGCCUCCCAGACCCCCGUCAUCGUCUCCUCUUCUCAGGGAGGUGUCGAUAUCGAGACUGUUGCCAAGGAGCAACCCGAUGCCAUCACUACGACCUACAUCGACAUCAACACCGGUGUUACCGACGACGUUGCCCGCGGCAUCGCCACCGGCCUGGGCUUCAGCGAGCAGUGCAUUGAGGAUGCCAAGGACACUAUCCAGAAGCUCUACAAGAUCUUCCUCGAGCGGGAUGCUACCCAGAUCGAGAUCAACCCCCUGUCCGAGACCUCAGACCACCAGGUCCUCUGCAUGGACGCCAAGUUUGGCUUCGACGACAACGCCGACUACCGCCAGAAGGAGAUUUUCGAGUGGCGCGACACCACUCAGGAGGACCCUGAUGAGGUCCGUGCUGCUCAGUCCAACCUCAACUUCAUCAAGCUGGAUGGUGAUAUUGGCUGCCUUGUCAACGGCGCCGGUCUGGCCAUGGCCACCAUGGACAUCAUCAAGCUGAACGGCGGUCAGCCCGCCAACUUCCUCGACGUUGGUGGUGGUGCCACUCCCGCCGCCAUCAAGGAGGCCUUUGAGCUCAUCACCAGCGACCCCAAGGUCACCGCCGUCUUCGUCAACAUCUUUGGCGGUAUUGUCCGUUGCGACGCCAUUGCCAACGGUCUCAUCAAGACUGUCGAGACCCUCAACCUGAAGAUUCCCAUCAUUGCCCGUCUUCAGGGUACCAACGUCGAGCUUGCCCAUCAGAUCAUCAACGAGUCUGGUCUGAAGAUCUUCUCUAUUGAUGACCUGCAGAGCGCCGCCGAGAAGGCUGUGCAGCUGUCCAAGGUUGUCAAGUUGGGUAAGUUUACGGCCCAAUACUAUGACGAAAUUUGAGAAAAAGAAAGAAAGAAAAAGCAAAAAGCAAAACAAAGAAAGAAUAAUUUUAAGGAAAGAGAAUCACCUGCUGACGGUAGUGUUUGAAUUUUAGCUCGCGAUAUUGACGUUGGUGUUGAGUUCACCCUGGGUAUCUAGACGGUAACAGAGUCGUAAGACUGGAGGCAUGGAUUCCUUGUAA